AGAUGUGACAAAUAAAACUAAAUUUCAAAUAUCACUGAUUGUGCUCCAGCAGAAUUAAAAUUAUAGCUUUUUUGUGUGAAAUCAUAACGAGAACUCAAAAUCGACUGCAAUUAUAAAUAACUUGUGUAUUUAAAUUAAAGCACUAAAUUUACAUUUAUUUUUAAAUAUCCGAUCACUUAACUUUUAAGUUAUUUCCAUAAGUUGUGGUCCUCGGCUGGUUUUAUCAUUCACCACUGUGUCUGAUAGUGUGCAGGUUUUCGAGUUGACCGUUUCAGCACCGCUCAAGUGGACAGCGACUCCCACAUAGGCCACGUUAAUCGAUUUUGAAAAAAUAAAAAAAAAAGACAUUUCCUCAAGACGGUAACAAAUAACAAUACCUAAACAUUUAUAUAACAUAUUUAUCUGUUAGUAGAUGUUUUAUCUUUGUUUUGUUUUACAUUUUCCAGAAUUAUUUAUCUUCCCACAGACAUCCUAAAUUUGUUGUGACUAAUAUGUUCUAUGAUGAAAAUGCUGUGAUGAUAUAAGGAGUUUCGGGUGUUUUCAAUCCUUCUAUCAUGGCAGUGCAAAAGCCUCAUUGUGUCUUUAACGAUGCUGCACCGUUGCCUUCUCAUUGGAUGUCAGCGAUGGAUGCUGUGCACCAAUAGCAUUCAGAACUGUACAAAGAGAUCUACUCUCUCCCCCAUGCAGCUUCAGCCAUCACAAUGCUCAGAGAGGAUAGAGAGUAGGCAAAUGGUUCAUACACUUUGAGUAUAAGAUUAAAUCUUAAUCAUAUCUUUAGCUAUAAAAACGUAUCAUUCCAAUGGGAUAUGUCGCGCUUUUGGAAUACGGAUUUUUGCUUUAUGGGCUCCGUUCUUUGUGGAUAUUGUGUUUUUUGUUAAUCCAGGGAUGACAAAGAGAAAGGAAUAUCGAGACUGGAGAUGGCAGGCGCUUUGGUGGCAUCAUUUCUUCCUCUUGUGGACUACAGUAAACGCACAGACUCGUUACAGUAUCCAAGAAGAGCUAAAACAGGGCUCUGUGGUAGGAAAUCUUGCCAAAGAUCUGGGUUUGGGACUUUCGGACAUUUAUGACCGUAAAUUGCGCGUUGCUUCUGAGGCUGGAAAGCAGUAUUUCAGUGUGGAUCCGGGGAAGGGCGAGCUCGUGGUGAAUGACAGAAUAGACAGAGAGGCUUUAUGCGGACAAAGCGCCAGCUGUGUGUUGCCUUUGCAGGUGGUCAUUGAAGAUCCGUUACAGUUACAUCGAAUUGAGGUGGAAAUACAAGAUAUUAAUGACAAUUCUCCACGUUUUCUAUCAAAUGAAUUGUCUUUGAACAUAGCCGAGUCAGCAGCAGUGGGUACACGCUUCCCUUUAGAGAGCGCAUCUGACCCAGACGUUGGAAGCAAUUCCCUUAAAUCAUACACACUCAGUAAAAAUGAAUGUUGUUCCCUUAGAAUAAAAGAAAUCGAGGGUGGGAAGACCGUCCCGGAACUUGUAUUAGAAAAGCCUCUAGAUCGAGAGAAGAAAUCAGUCCACAAAAUAUUACUAACAGCAUUAGAUGGGGGGAAUCCAGUAAGAUCCGGAACCACACAAAUAACCAUAAGCGUUCUUGACAAUAAUGACAAUUUUCCGGUUUUUGAAAAGAAUCUCUAUAAAGUGUCCCUGGGUGAAAAAAGUGUACAAGGAACUGUUGUUAUUCAACCCAAAGCGUCAGAUGCAGAUGAAGGUUUAAAUGGCCAAAUUACAUUCUCGUUUGGCUCUCGGACGCCAGACUCGGUGUUGUCGGUCUUUGAUAUUAACCCUUCAACCGGUGAAAUCAUUCUGAAAGGGGAGUUAGAUUAUGAAACUGCCAAGUCAUAUGACAUUGAUGUGACUGCAAAAGAUAAAGGUAGUCCUCAGAUGGAGGGUCACUGCCGCGUGCAGGUUGAUAUUACUGAUUUCAAUGAUAAUGCUCCCGAAAUAGUUUUCACUUCUCAGCCCAAGCCAUUGCGUGAAGACGCACCAAGUGGGACAGUUGUGGCUUUGAUCAGUGCGCGAGACCUUGACUCUGCUGAUAACGGUAAAGUAACGUUGCAAAUUACCAAGGGCCCUCCCUUUGCUUUGAAACCUUCGUUUUCUAAUAAUUAUGCGCUGGUUACCAGUGGGACCUUAGACAGAGAACGAUUUUCAGAAUAUAAUAUUGAAAUUACAGCCACUGAUUCAGGCUCUCCUCCUUUGACCAGUAAAAAUCAUACCUGUUACUUAUCACUGAUGUUAAUGACAACCCUCCUGUAUUCACUCAACGAAAUUAUAAUGUGUAUUUAAAAGAGAAUGGAGUACCAGGCUCUAUCCUGUACUCAGUAUCAGCAUCUGACCUGGAUUUUGGUGAAAACGCAAAGGUCUCUUACUCUAUACUGGACUCUAAAGUGCAGGACGUUUCUGUCUCAUCGUAUGUUUAC